AUGGAAUCUGAUUUAAAUGAAAAUAUUGAUAAUAAUGAAGAAUUUUCAUAUUUAUCAAAAAAUACUUUUUAUCAACUUUAUAAUGAGUAUUUAGAUAAGAUGAAAUCUAAUUAUCAAUGGAAAUUACAAAUUGAUGAUCUUUAUUAUAAAAAAAUUAUAGAAGUUCUUGAAGGAUUAAAAAAACAUUUUAAUGCUGCAAAAAGAAGAAAAUUUACAAAUAAAUUUUUUAUUAAAAAUAUUAAUGAUAAAAAAUUAAUAUUUUAUAAUUCAAAAUUAAAUACUAAUAAUCCAAAAUUAUUAGUAAAAAAAGAUGAAAUUUAUUCACAACUAGGAAAAUUACAUUCUGAAUCAGCUCAUGGUGGUCAAAGAGAAUUAUGGAAUUGUACUAAAAAUAAUUUUGGAAAUAUUAAACAAUAG